GACAUUACAUUUCUGUGGAUACAUCUUACGAGGGUGAGAAAGCAGUGCUGUCCAGCCCUGAGCUGUACUCUGAGGAGUGGAGCUGCAUCAGACUGAUUUAUCAGAUAGCAACGACUUCAGAGCCUUCGCCUGAUCCCGCCAGGCUCAACCUGUACCUGAGGCAGGAAGGAGAGAGCUUUGAUCGUUUGCUGUGGUCAGCCAAGGAGCCCUCAGACAGCUGGCUUAUAGCUAGCUUAGAUUUAAUGAACAGCACAAAGAAGUACAAGCUCAUACUGGAAGGUGAAAUGGGACAAGAUAAAUCCGCCAGUAUAGCAGUUUUUGAAAUUAAAAUAACUCCUGGGUAUUGUAUUGAAUGUGACUUUGAAGAAAAUCAUCUUUGUGGCUUUGUGAACCGCUGGAACCCCAAUGUCAACUGGUUUGUUGGUGGAGGGAACAUUCGCAAUUCUCAAUCUAUCCUGCCCAAAGACCACACACUUAAUAGUGAACUGGGUCACUACAUGUAUGUGGACUCUGUUUACGUCAAACAUUUUCAGGAAGUGGCCCAGCUAAUCUCACCAAAGACCACGGCCCCAAUGUCUGGCUGCUUAUCUUUUUAUUAUCAACUUAAGCAGGAGAGUAGCAUCGUUUUUACCGUUUACUUGAGAGACACUAGUGGCUUUUAUGAGGAGAUCUGGAAAACAGAGAGUGCACUGAGUGCGGACUGGGCGCUAGCAGAAGUUGACUUCAAUGCACCGUACCCCAUGGAGGUAAUAUUUGAAGUUGCUUUCAAUAGCGCCAAGGGAGGUUACGUUGCCCUUGAUGACAUUUCUUUCUCUCCGGUUUACUGCAGCAAUCAGACAGGAACUCCUUUCAAUCCUGCUGAGGCAGGCUGCAAUUUUGAGGAAGAUCUGUGUAAUUUUUACCAGGAUCACAAAGAUGGCCCAGGAUGGAGCAGAGUGAAAGUGAAGCGUAAUGUGUAUAGAGCGGGAGAUCACACUACUGGGUUUGGUUAUUACUUGUUGGCGAACACAAAGUUUACAUCACAGCCUGGGUACAUUGGACGUCUGUAUGGCCCAACCCUGCCAGGAAACUUGCAGUUUUGUCUGCGUUUUUUUUAUGCCUUAUAUGGGUUUUUCCAAAUGAGUGGUACUCUUGCUGUUUAUAUCUUUGAGGAGAAUCAUGUCGUUCAAGAAAAAAUCUGGUCCGUCUUGGACUCUCCAAAGGGAGUUUGGACUCAAGCUGAAAUCUCCUUCAAAAAGCCUAUGCCUUGCAAGGUUGUCUUUGUCAGCUGGUGUAAAAGCUUCUGGGACUGUGGACUUGUUGCACUGGAUGAUGUGUCAUUGAGCCUGGGGACCUGCCAGGCUGCUGAUGUAUUGCCGCCCAAUCCUGGAGAGUGUACUUUUGAAAAAGAUGAGUGUGUGUUUACCCAGAAGAAGAGAGGUCGUGGGAGUUGGCACAGGAGGAGGGGUCCAACUCCCACGUCUUACACUGGGCCGAAAGGAGACCACACUACCGGGGUAGGAUACUACAUGUAUAUAGAGGCAUCCAAUAUGGUCUAUGGGCAGAGAGCAUACCUAGUUUCAAGAUCACUAAGAGGAUCCUCUGGAAAACAGUGCUUGACAUUUUUCUAUCACAUGUAUGGAGCCGGGACUGGAUUAUUAAGUGUUUAUCUAAAAAAGGAAGGUGAUGAUGAAGAGAUUCCUUUGUGGCGGAGGACGGGGGAACAAAGCAUCUCAUGGCUAAGGGGACUGAUAGAAUAUGAAAGUGAUAGAAACUACCAGAUUAUUUUUGAGGCAAUCCGCGGUGUAUCAAUGAGAAGUGACACUGCUAUUGACGAUAUUCUGUUCCAGGCAGGACCCUGUUUGGAAGUGGAAGAAAUUCAAUUCUCAUCAGGCUAUCCUGACAGCUUAAACGAAAUUGAGUAUUAAAUACAGUCUGCUGAAAGGAAUGAAGUGCAUAGAAGAUUUGUAUGUGAGAAACUGCACAAACUGUCUGUUUUAAAAUACGUUUUAAGGAAAUACUGGACUGGUUUGAAUAUGCACCAAUGUAUAGGAAGAACUCAGAGCACUCAUGUUCCUUGCCUUUGCAAUGAAAUUAUUGACUCAGGGCUUCUUAGACUGUUUUUUUAUAUAUUUUUUCUCUUUUGCAUGAGGUAUCAGUUAUUAUAUAAAGGCUUCCCAUUUUGCACAGAUCAUUCUUUUUAAUGCCUUUUUUAAAAUAAAAAACAAACCCGACCUUUCUGGUAUAUAGGUAAAAAGAGGAAAGUAAAGGUGCACAAUUAAAAUCCAAUAUUGUGUUAUCUUAAAUCUGCAUUCAGUGAAUGUUUUGUGUUGGGUACAGAAUGGAUUUUUGUUAAGGAAAUUAUAAAUAUUUUGAAAUAAUAAAGAAAAUAGUAUUAGCUACUAGUAA